AUGGAAACCCACCUCCGCCGGAGCUCGCCCCUCUUGUUCAUGCAGGUUCUCCUCUUCUCCUUCACCCGUUUACUUUUGGCGAGCUAUGGCAGUCUUCUGCCGGUAAUUGACGAAAACGGCAGCGACCUGCGGACGUACAUUGUUCACGUCAGCAAUCCCAAGGACGUGGUGUUCACCAGUCCGGAGGAUCGGGAGGCGUGGCACCGGUCCUUUCUUCCCUCCGGUGACCUGCAGUCCGGCAGGCCUCGGAUGGUCUUCUCAUAUGAGAAGGCCAUCAGUGGGUUCGCUGCGAGGCUCACACCGGAGGAAGUGGAGGCUAUGAGAAAUGUGGAAGGGUUCUUAUCGGCUCUCCCGGAUGAAGAACUGGAGCCUCUGACGACCUACACGUCGUACUUUCUGGGGUUGAAUAGGGUGAAUGGCCCGUGGAAUGCCACCAAGAUGGGCGCCGGAAUGAUUGUCGGGGUCAUCGACUCCGGCAUCAACCCCUUCCACGCUUCUUUCGACGACGCCAACAUGCCCCCGCCGCCCAAGAGAUGGCGCGGUAAAUGCGACUUCAACAAGUCGCCCGUAUGCAACAACAAGCUCAUCGGAGCCAGGAAUUUCGCUGCUUCGACUCACCUGCCCUUCGAUGUGACGGGCCAUGGCACGCAUGUGGCCAGCACGGUGGCUGGGAACUUCGUCCAAGAUGCCAACGUGAACGGCUACGCAGCAGGCGUUGCGUCUGGGGUGGCGCCACGAGCGCACCUCGCCAUCUACAAGGCGAAAUCCAAUUCGGAGCUGCUGGCUGCCGUCGACCAGGCGAUUUACGACCGUGUCGACGUGCUCUCUAUAUCUAUGGGUCUUCCGUCGGAAAGAUUCUACCACCGAAAUAGCAUCGCUGUAGGGGCUCUGGCGGCGACCGAGCACGGCAUUCUGGUCAACUGCGCGGCUGGCAACAGCGGGCCGUUCCACGCAACGCUCCAUAAUGACGCGCCAUGGGUCAUGACGGUGGCAGCGACCACGACGGACAGAGCCCUGAGUGUGGAGCUCAGGCUAGGCAACGGGGUGAUCCACCGCGGGGAAACCCUUGAUGGCCUCCACAAGUUCCCCGAUGUCUCAUUGCCCCUGGUGUUCCCCGGAGACAGCGAUAACAAUGGCGAACGGACCUGCGUGGACAGGAUGCUCGGCGGCAUCGAUGUCGCGGGGAAGAUCGUCCUGUGUGUAGGGGACGAGAUGGUUCCGCCAUCUAUCCCGGGUCAAGUCGUCGCCCGCGCAGGCGCCGCGGCCAUGAUUCUAGCCAACUCCGCCUCCAGAGGAUACACGAUCCUGGUGGAUCCCAGCGAUCUUCCGACGGUGAGGAUCUCCCACUCCGACGCCCAGGAGAUCAUCUCUUACCUGAGAUCUUUCCCCAACCCCGGAGUUCGGCUUAUUCCGAGGGGUACCAUGUACGGCCUACUCCCUUCCCCCGCAGUGGCGCACUUCUCUUCGAGAGGCCCCAGCACGGUAAACGGCGGCGUUGUAAAACCAGACAUCCUGGCGCCGGGGGUCAACAUCCUCGGCGCGACUCUCUCGGGCUCGUCCUUCGCUGUCAUGUCCGGCACCUCCAUGGCGGCGCCACACGUCUCUGGAGUCGCGGCCCUGAUCAAGGCCGCCCACCCUCGCUGGUCUCCCGCCGCUAUCAAGUCGGCGAUGAUGACGACGAGCUACGCUCGCGACAAAUCGGGCAGUUGGCUCACCGAUCAGACAGGCAACAAGGCGAGCAUCUACGCGACCGGCGCCGGACAUGUAAAUCCGCUCAGAGCCAGCGACCCAGGUCUCGUCUACGACAUCGACCCGAGGGACUACGUCGGCUACCUCUGCGGCGUCGGCUACGGCGACGACGAGGUGAGCAUCGUCGCUCGCCGGACCGUCAACUGCGCCGCCGUCAAGACGAUCACGGCGGAGCAGCUGAACUACCCGAUCAUCGCCAUGACGAUUUGGAGCGGUUGGCCACAGAACGUGUCUCGAACCGUCACCAACGUGGGGCAGUCCCCGGCGAUGUACACGGUGGCGGUGGACAUGGCCGCCUGCGUAGAGGUGACGGUGACGCCGAGCACGCUGUCCUUCACGAGGCCCAACCAGAGGAUGACCUUCACGGCGACCUUCACGCCGGUGGGCCGGUUUAUCCCAGGGAUGACGUUCUCGGGGGAGCUCCGGUGGGUCUCCGCCAGCCACGUCGUCAGGAGCCCCUUGUCUGUUUUCUUCUCCUGA